CAACCCCAGCACCACUCGCCACGGGGCUCAUGGCGGCCUCCCAGCUGGACUGCCUGGAGGACGCCCCCCCAGGUACCACGGUGACUGAAUCCAGCCCCGAAUUCUUCUACUCGGAAGGGCAGCGGCUGGCUGUGGAGGCCCUGCUGGCCGGAGGGCAGUCGGCCUACACGCAGCGCCUGGCGCAGGACGGGCUGCGCUCCUUCCUGUCCGACGACGAGCUCCGGCACCUGGCCGAGGCGGCCCGGGAUGUCCCAGAGCCAGCGGGGGAGCGGGACGGGGAUGCCGAUGAGCUCAGCCUCAGCUACUGGCCCGGGUGCUCGGACGAGCCCAUCCCCGAACUGGAGCUGGGCUGGCCCCUGGCUGGGAACUGGAAGGGCAUCACCCAUGCGGAGGUCUACACACACCCGCCGGGGGACGGGGCCCCCAAGGUCAAGGAGCUGGUGCGCCGGAAAAUUCAGCAGGCUGCCAAGGUGGUUGCCAUAGUGAUGGACGUCUUCACGGACCCCGAUAUCCUGCUGGAUCUGCACGAGGCCGGCAUGCAGCGCGGGGUCCCCGUGUACCUGAUCCUGGGGGAGCAGCACCUGGCCGCCUUCCUCAGCAUGGCAGAGGGCGCCUGCCUCAACGUGCGCUACAUGGAGAACCUGCGGGUCCGGGUCAUUGCGGGCUGCACCUUCUGGAGCCGACAGCACAAACAGGUCACUGGGACCCUGAAGGAGAAAUUCCUGCUGAUCGAUGGGGACACGGUGAUAACGGGGAGCUACAGCUUCACAUGGAGCGACGCCCGGCUGAGCCGCCAGCUGGUGACGUUGCUGACGGGCGAGAUCGCCGGGGCCUUCGACCGCGAGUUCCGGACCCUCUACGCUGCCUCCCGCCCGCUGGCGCCCGCCCGGGCCCCCCCCCCCGCCCCCUACCGCAGCGAGCUGGGCGGGCUGCAGCUCUCCAAGGGCGCCCACCGGGUGGUCGAGCGCCGCUCCGUGGCCCCCCAGCCCGUGGCCAAGAGCCGGGCCGGGGAGUGGGAGCUGGUGCGGGUCACCCGGGCCACGGGCCACAGCGCCCUGAGCGACGUGGACCGGGGCAGCCGCCCAGGCCGGCUGGCGGGCGCCGCGGGGCAGAGACCCAGCAAGUCCCUCUGGGACCUGAGCCGCCUCUCCCAGCUCUCCGGCUCCAGCGAUGGCCCCGAGCCGGGGGACGAGGCGAAGCACAAGUGGGGCACGCAGGACACGCCAGCCCGGGCGCUGAUGCGGCGGAGGGGCGUGCCCCCUGCCAGCGAGGAGCCCCGCCAGCCCCUCAUCUUCCUGUCGCCCGCCUACAUGCCCCCGCCGCAGGGCUACCGGGCCUUGGGCCGGCUGCAGGGGCAGCUCUACCACGGGCCUACCGCCCUGCCCCGCGUCUGGGGGGCCCCCCACGGCUACAGCAGGGAGCGUCGCUAUUGAACGGGCGCCUACCAGUAUCAGCGGGCCGAGGGGAGGGGAAUGAGACCCCCCCCCAUCUCCCCAGGCUGCUCCCAACUGGGGCAGGCCAGUAGGUUACACCGGACCCAGCGUGUGAGCAGGAGGCAGUUAUAUUGGUGUUACUGGG